AUGUUUGGCGCACUUCUAGUCGUCCUCGGCUUCAUCAUCAUCCCCACCUCCAAGGACGAAUCCACGAUUUCCGACCGCCGCUUUGAUUACCUGGGCAUCUUUUCGUUCUGGGUCGGUAUCGUCUGCGUCAUCCUCGACUUGACCGUGUCCCCCGCCAUGGUCUAUUUUUCCUCGAUGCUCUUCCAGAACGUUCACGGCUACACCCCCUUCCGCACCUCCCUCAACUACACUGUCCAUGGACUCGGAGGGGUGUUUGCAAACAUCCUUUUCACAAAAGUGUUGACCAAAGUCAAGUCCAAGAUUGCGAUGGUGAACGAAUGA